AUUGCCUGUACUUGCAGCAGCAGCCGCCGCGGCCGCCGAAGCUAUUCCGCUUUGCCUCGCGCCGCCGUCAUAGUCAUAGCCGGCGGGAAGCGCGUGCGUGCCGUGACGACGACGCGGCGGGACGUAGCCAUGGAAUCAGGAAACGGCGGCGGAAGCGGCAGCGGCAGCGGCAGCAGGAGCGCGAGCGCGAGCGCGCCGCCGCCCUGGGAUCUCGGCAUGCACUGGGCGCCCGCCGGCUCGUCGCCACCCUACCCGCAGCAGCCCUUCGUGGCGCGCCCGGGCGGCGAGGCCGCCAGCCACCACCACCACCAGCAGGAGCUGACCUGCCUCAAGCUGGGGAAGCGGCCCUGCUGCUGGGCUGGGGCGGCGGGCACCCCGGCGGCGGCGCAGGCCGGCGGUGCUGCCCUGCCGCCGCAGGUCCACGACAACGGCGCCGCCGCCGGUGGCGCGGGCGGGACGACGGCGGCGGCUGAGGGCAGGAGGAAGGAGAAGGCGAGCGCGGCCACGGCGGCGGCGGGCGCGCCGCGGUGCCAGGUGGAGGGGUGCCACGCGGAGCUGGCAGGCGCCAAGGACUACCACCGGCGGCACAAGGUGUGCCAGGUGCACUCCAAGGCGCCCCGCGUCGUCGUGCUCGGCGCCGAGCAGCGCUUCUGCCAGCAGUGCAGCCGGUUCCACGCGGUGUCGGAGUUCGACGACGCGAAGCGGAGCUGCCGGCGGCGGCUGGCCGGGCACAACGAGCGGCGGCGGAAGAGCAACGCCAGCGAGGCCAUGGCCAGGGGCGCUGCGCACCCACACGGAAUGGCGCCGUUCGGCCACGGCUUCCUGCCGCCGUGCGGCCUCCCGGCGGCGUCCCCGGCUGGUGCUCUCUCUCUUCUGUCAUCGGCCAGACGCGCGGGCGCCCCCUGGCUUCGCCCGGCGCCCGACAUCUCCGCCCGCUCCAGCGCCGCGCUCGACGAGCUCAUCGCCGAGAACCGCGCCGCGCUCCUCGCGUGGCACUUCUCCGACGGCUUGGCGCCCGGCCGGCAUCAUCUCGCCCCUCCGUCGUCCGCGGGCCCCGCCCCGGCGCCCCCCGAUCACCAGGCGGCCGCCUGGCACCACCCCCACAACGGCGCUGGCGCUGGCGGCCGGUACUACCACGCGGGGCACACGACGCUGGACCUCAUGCAGACGGCGACGGCGGCGGCCACCACCGCGGCUCCCGCCGGGGCGGCCGCGAGGCCUCCCAGGACCAAGGACAACGGCGACGCGGCCGGGCCCGCGGGUGGGGGUGGAGCCCGCGCGCUGUGACAUGCACGCUCACGCGGGCCGCGCGCGGCUUGGGCCUUUGCCCUUUGGCGGUCGCGUCCGUGCAAUCAGCACGAGGUGAUGGCGUCUCGUCGUAUAGCGGCAGGUGGUGCGGUGGGCGGUGACGCGGUGUGCUCCGCUGCAUGUUCCGGUGUUCCCCGAGGGCCGUGCAAUUCUGUGCCCUGUGCUAGUUCUAGGUGUUGUGGUGGAAAAUUGGCAAUGGCGUCUCAUUGGCUCUCUGAAGAACUGAAUUUUACAGCAGCCUUUUCUUCGUUUUCGCCUA